AUGCGUGAAAAAUAUUCAAUAAAAGAAUCAAUGAUAUUACCAUUUGAUCCAGUACCUAUCAUUUAUGUCGAACCAUAUGAAAAUUUACCUGCUCCAACAGUUUAUGAAAAAUUUAAUAUUCAAUCUCAAUAUGAUUAUGAAAAACUUGCUCGAGCUAAAGAUGAAAUUUUACUUACAGGAAAAUAUCAACAACAAAAAGUUGCUGACGUAAAAAAAUUUAUUCGAGAUGACCUUAUUACAUCAAAACAAGUUUGUAUUUAUUAUGAACUAGAAAAUAAAGUUAUAUCACGAUCAGGUGAUCAAGGUGUUGUUGCUUUAUGUGAUCAUUCGUUUAUAAAUUAUGGAAAUGAAUCAUGGAAAGAAGAAGCACGUCAUGUUCUACAACAACUUAAUGUUUUUACCGAUAAAACACGUCACAAUUUUGAAGCUACAUUUGAUUGGCUUUAUGAACAUACAUGUUCGCGUUCAUACGGUCUUGGAACAAGACUACCUUGA